GCUCGGCCACCCCACCAGCCACCCACUCCAGCCAACGAGUGGUUGUUAUGGCAUUCGCUGAACGCAUUUUGUAACAUGACAAAAUAGCGUAGCAUACAUUUCAGGGGUUGCAAAUGUGCAACAUUGAUUGGCACGGCCAACUGGCAAAUUGGCCACGGGGCCUCCGCUUGGGGAGCCUGCGCAGGCGCAGCUUACGGUGUUACAUAACCCGGCCAGAACCAGGGGCAGAGGCAGAACCAGAACCGAUUCGAAAAGGAUGCUGGCAGUCGUCGAAGCCGAAACAGAACCACAACUGCACUUGUUGCUGACACAGCGCCGCGUUCGGCGAUACAAUUCGACUUCAAAAACGCGACGGGAAAAAUAAGAUACCCUAUAUCUCAGCUAAAGAUAAUAUCCCCCUUGCAGACCUUCAAAAUGUGGCAUAUUGAGCAUAUGGAAAUCAAUUGUUGCGUGAACAUUACCUGAACUUCAAACUAAAAGAAAGAACCACUAAUGAACAAAACUAUGUGAGCGUGCAAAUCAUCUGUGGCAUUCGUGAGCAAGUCUUCAAAAGAAGUUGAAAGUUUGGGACUUUCUUCGGUUCGUUCUCCUUUCGGCAGUAGUUUAAAAAUUGUGCGGUCCGAAGUGGAUUAUCCGACAGACGCGAAAAUGGACGACGAGAGCGAUGACAAGGAUGAUACGAAAAGCUUCCUUUGCAGGAAAUCGCGUAAUCUCAGCGAGAAGAAGCGGCGGGAUCAGUUCAACUCGCUGGUCAACGACCUGAGCGCCCUGAUAUCCACCUCCAGCAGAAAGAUGGACAAGUCCACGGUCCUGAAGUCCACGAUAGCCUUCCUGAAGAACCACAAUGAGGCCACCGACCGCUCGAAGGUGUUCGAGAUACAACAGGACUGGAAGCCCACGUUCCUGAGCAACGAUGAGUACACCCACCUGAUGCUGGAGUCCCUGGACGGCUUCAUGAUGGUGUUCAGCAGCAUGGGCUCCAUAUUUUACGCCUCGGAAAGUAUUACCUCCCAGCUGGGCUAUCUGCCGCAAGAUCUGUACAACAUGACCAUAUACGACCUGGCCUACGAGAUGGACCACGAGGCGCUGCUGAACAUCUUCAUGAAUCCCACUCCCGUCAUCGAGCCCCGCCAGACGGACAUUAGUUCCAGCAACCAGAUCACCUUCUACACCCACUUGCGGCGCGGCGGGAUGGAGAAAGUGGAUGCCAAUGCCUACGAGCUGGUCAAAUUUGUGGGUUACUUUCGUAACGAUACCAACACCUCCACGGGCUCCAGUUCGGAGGCGUCGAAUGGCUCAAAUGGACAGCCCGCAGUGCUGCCGCGCAUCUUCCAGCAGAAUCCCAGUGCGGAGGUGGACAAAAAGCUGGUCUUUGUGGGCACGGGACGCGUCCAGAACCCUCAGUUGAUCCGGGAAAUGAGCAUCAUCGAUCCGACUAGCAACGAAUUCACCUCAAAGCACAGCAUGGAGUGGAAGUUUCUGUUUCUGGAUCACCGGGCGCCGCCCAUCAUCGGCUAUAUGCCCUUCGAGGUGCUGGGCACUUCGGGCUAUGACUACUACCAUUUCGACGAUCUGGACAGCAUUGUGGCGUGCCACGAGGAGCUAAGACAGACGGGGGAGGGAAAAUCCUGCUACUACCGGUUCCUCACCAAGGGCCAACAAUGGAUCUGGCUGCAAACGGACUACUAUGUGAGCUACCACCAGUUCAACUCGAAGCCGGACUACGUGGUCUGCACGCACAAGGUGGUCAGCUAUGCGGAGGUCCUCAAGGAAAGUCGAAAGUCGGAGGGUGAAAAGUCGGGAAACAGCAGCAGUAACAAUAACAAUGGUAGCAGUAAGGUGAUAGCAUCCACGGCGAACAGCAGCAAGUCGGCAUCUGCCACCACAACUCUGAGGGAUUUCGAGCUGAGCAGCCAGAACCUGGAUACCACAUUGCUGGGAAACAGCCUGGCCAACUUGGGCAAUGAGACGACGGCCACCUCACCCGCCGUGGACUCCUCCCCCAUGUGGUCCGCAACGGCUGCCCAACCCUCGGGCUCCUGCCAAAUCAAUCCUCUGAAGACUUCGCGGCCCGCCUCCAGCUAUGGGAACAUCAGUUCCACGGGCAUAUCGCCGAAGGCCAAGCGGAAGUGCUACUUCUACAACAACCGGGGGAACGAUUCGGACUCCACGUCCAUUUCGGCGGACUCUGUUACCAGUCGGCAGUCCAUGAUGACGCACGUCAGUACGCAAAGCCAACGACAGCGAUCGCAUCACCGAGACCACCAUCGAGAGCAUCACCACAGUCAGUCACAUCAUCACCUGCAGCAGCAGCAGCAACAGCAGCAUCAGAACCAGCAACACCAGAGCCAGCAGCAGCAACAGCAGCAGCAGCAGCAGCAUCUGCAGCUGCAACAGCAACUGCAGCAUACAGUGGGCACUCCGAAGCUGGUGCCCCUGCUGCCGAUAGCACCCACGCAGAUAAUGACCGGAAACGGGUGCCAGUUCCCGCAGCCCGCCUACCCGCUGACCAGCUCCCAACUGGUGGCGCCCACCUUCCUGGAGCCACCGCAGUACCUCACCGCCAUUCCCAUGCAACCUGUGAUCGCCCCCUUUCCGGUGGCGCCCGUCCUGUCGCCCAUCCCGGUGCAGGCUCAGCCGGAUCUGCUGCCCGACACCGUGGUGAUGACGCCCACGCAGAGUCAGCUGCAGGACCAGCUGCAGCGGAAGCACGACGAGCUGCAGAAGCUGAUCCUGCAGCAGCAGAACGAGCUGAGGAUCGUCUCGGAGCAGCUGCUGCUCUCCCGCUACACGUACCUGCAGCCCAUGAUGUCGAUGGGCUUUGCGCCCGGGAACAUGACUUCCGCGGCAGUGGGAAAUAUGGGGGCAGGUGGUCAGCGGGGACUGAACUUCACCGGCAGCAAUGCCGUCCAGCCGCAGUUCAAUCAGUAUGGAUUCGCCUUGAACUCGGAGCAGAUGCUGAACCAGCAGGAUCAGCAGAUGAUGAUGCAGCAGCAGCAGAACCUGCACUCGCAGCACCAACACAACUUGCAGCAGCAGCAUCAGAAUCACACGCAACUGCAGCAGCUCAAUCAGCAACAGCAGCAGCAGCAGCAACAGCAGCAGCAACAACAACAGCAGCAACAACAGCAGCAGCAACAGCAACAGCAGCAUCAGCAGCAACAACAGCAGCAACAGCAGCAGCAACAGUUGCAGCUGCAGCAGCAAAAUGAUAUUCUGCUGCGCGAGGAUAUCGACGAUAUAGACGCCUUCCUCAACCUCUCACCCCUGCAAUCCCUGGGCUCCCAGUCCACCAUCAACCCCUUCAACUCCAGCAGCAACAACAACAACCAGAGCUACAAUGGUGGCGCCAUGAACAACGGCAACCAGAGCAACAACAACCGCAGCUCGAAUCCGCCGCAAAACAACAACGAGGACUCGCUGCUGUCCUACAUGCAAAUGGCCACCGAGUCGAGUCCCUCGAUCAACUUUCACAUGGGCAUCAGCGACGAUGGCUCCGAAACGCAGAGCGAGGACAACAAAAUGAUGCACACUUCCGGGGGCAACCAGUUGCAGCAACACCAGCAGCAGCAGCAGCAGAUCCUGCAGCAACACCAGCAGCAGUCGAACAACUUCUUCAGUGCGAAUCCCUUUCUCAGCAACAGCCAGAGCCAGAACCAAAAUCAGUUGCCCAACGACCUGGAGAUACUGCCCUACCAGAUGUCCCAAGAGCAAUCGCAGAAUCUGUUCAACUCACCCCACACGGCGCCGGGCAGUAGUCAAUAGCCAGGCCCCACUGUAUAUAACUCUCUGUAGCGAUAGGGUCGAUUGUAGGAACUCCCCGCUUAUCCGUGUACUAUCAAGUUUGGCCUCUGGCGCCCUUUAUCGAACCUCCACCCCCACACACACAUUGGAAACCCAGAGCUAGUUGUAGAUCUCAACAGACUGAGUAUUGUCCCAUCCCCGAGUCGCGUGUUGUACAUAAGCCUAGGCGUAGCAGAGUUCUCAAAACAUUCCGCUGUAAGUAGUUCUUAAGCACUAAUUUUACGGCUAGUUGAUAGCAAGAGCCCAUCGUUUCCAUUAGUUAGCCUUAUCCAGUAAGUGCCAUGGCGGCGCAAACAGGGAUCUCUGAUACGUAAUCGAACCUUUAAGCCUAAUCCUAAGUUACUUGUAUUUACAAACACACCGAGAGGCGAUUAGCUGGCGCACGCGUUGAGCUUAGCUAAUCCGAUUCCAUAUUAUUUUCAAGACUGGGCUUCGCCAUCGAGGUCAAACAAGAUAUUAAUCUUACGAGUUAGUGUUUAUUCUGUAUGCACAUAGGAUACGUAUAUGUAUAGUUCAAAACUCAGGUUGAGAUUGCAACUGACAUUUAUUUCGCUGUGAACAUAUUCCUAUAAGUUUUCCCCCCGGCCCGAUCUUUUCCGGCGGUCGAAAUACCUUUAGUUCAAUUGUUAUCCCCGCCUUCCUUGUAUUACCAUUUUGCUGUCGGAAAAGUUCGUUCGAAUAUGCUUCGAUCCUCAGCUGAUAAAGAGCCAAAUGCUUUAAGCUUAGAACUUGUAAAUGUGGAAAGCAACUAUCUUAAACUCAACUAAAACUACCUUACUAAUACUAGGUAACUCUGUGUUUAAGCUCUGUACAUACCUAUAGGUCAAGUCGGUAGAACUUGCAUAAGCCUGUAAAUAAGCGUUCGAAGCGACGAUAAUAUAGAACUAUUUUGUAAAUAACUAAAUGUUUUUAUGUUUUUCAAAACAUGCUAUCAAGGAAAAAACUGAACAACCUAAUCAAAUCGGAAAAAACGUAAUCGAACGUAAUAAAACAAAAAAAGACGAUUAUUUUGGAUGGUA